UCUCCCCCUCCCUCGAGUGUCCAGGUUCCUCCGCUAGCCCAGGCCGAGUCAGUGUCAGUCAGGGAGCCGGACUGCCGAACGGUGUGUGCGGACGCUCCGCUGCAAUCUCGCCCAGGGGCCGGUGCCUGCGCUCGCGCCGCCGGGUGGGAAGGAUGAAGCCGCAGCUGGAGCAGCCACCCUAUGAUUGGCUGUGGCGCUUGUGAACCCGAAGUAAAGAUGGCGGGCGGGCAGGCAGCCGCCGCACUGCCCACUUGGAAGAUGGCGGCGCGCCGCAGCCUCAGCGCCCGCGGCCGGGGGGUCCUGCAGGCGGCGGCCGGGCGGCUGCUGCCGCUGCUACUGCUGAGCUGCUGCUGCGGCGCGGGCGGCUGCGCAGCAGCGGGCGAGAACGAGGAGACGGUGAUCAUCGGCUUGCGGCUGGAGGACACGAACGACGUGUCGUUCAUGGAAGGGGGGGCGCUGCGAGUGAGCGAGCGGACCCGGGUCAAGCUGCGGGUGUACGGGCAGAACAUCAACAACGAGACGUGGUCCCGCAUCGCCUUCACCGAGCACGAGCGGCGGCGCCACAGCCCGGGCGAGCGCGGGCUGGGGGGUCCCGCGCCGCCAGAGCCGGACAGCGGCCCCCAGCGCUGCGGCAUCCGCACCUCAGAUAUCAUCAUCUUGCCCCACAUCAUUCUCAACCGCCGUACAUCGGGCAUCAUUGAGAUCGAGAUCAAACCGCUGCGCAAGAUGGAGAAGAGCAAGUCCUAUUACCUGUGCACAUCGCUCUCCACGCCAGCCCUGGGCGCCGGCGGCCCGGGGUCCGCAAGUGGCGCCGUCGGGGCCAAGGGCGGCUCCGGGGUGGCCGGGCUCCCGCCGCCCCCGUGGGCCGAGACCACCUGGAUUUAUCACGACGGCGAGGACACCAAGAUGAUAGUGGGCGAGGAGAAGAAGUUUCUGCUGCCCUUCUGGCUGCAGGUGAUCUUCAUUUCGCUGCUCCUGUGCUUGUCGGGCAUGUUCAGCGGCCUCAACCUGGGGCUGAUGGCCCUGGACCCGAUGGAGCUGCGCAUCGUGCAGAACUGCGGCACCGAGAAGGAGAAGAAUUACGCCAAGCGCAUCGAGCCCGUGCGCAGGCAGGGCAACUACCUGCUGUGCUCACUGCUGCUGGGCAACGUGCUGGUCAACACCACGCUCACGAUCCUGCUCGACGACAUCGCCGGCUCCGGCCUCGUGGCGGUGGUGGUCUCCACCAUCGGCAUCGUCAUCUUCGGGGAAAUCGUGCCCCAGGCCAUCUGCUCCCGGCACGGCCUGGCUGUAGGGGCCAACACCAUCUUCCUCACCAAGUUUUUCAUGAUGAUGACCUUCCCCGCUUCUUACCCGGUUAGCAAGCUGCUGGACUGCGUCCUGGGCCAGGAGAUAGGUACUGUCUAUAACCGGGAAAAACUGCUGGAGAUGCUCCGGGUCACCGACCCCUACAACGACCUCGUUAAGGAGGAGCUGAACAUCAUCCAAGGGGCGCUGGAGCUCCGCACCAAGACAGUGGAGGACGUGAUGACUCCGCUCCGGGACUGCUUCAUGAUCACCGGCGAAGCCAUUCUGGACUUCAACACCAUGUCGGAGAUCAUGGAGAGCGGCUACACUCGUAUUCCAGUGUUUGAGGGGGAGCGCUCCAACAUCGUGGACCUCCUCUUUGUCAAAGACUUGGCCUUCGUGGAUCCAGAUGACUGUACUCCCCUGAAAACCAUCACUAAAUUUUAUAACCACCCCUUGCACUUUGUUUUCAAUGACACCAAGUUGGACGCUAUGCUGGAAGAAUUUAAGAAAGGUAAAUCUCACCUGGCUAUUGUGCAGCGAGUAAACAAUGAGGGAGAAGGGGACCCAUUUUAUGAAGUUCUGGGAAUUGUCACAUUAGAAGAUGUGAUUGAAGAAAUCAUCAAAUCUGAGAUUCUAGAUGAAACAGAUUUAUACACUGAUAACAGAACGAAAAAGAAAGUGGCCCAUCGUGAAAGAAAGCAAGAUUUUUCCGCCUUCAAGCAGACAGACAGCGAGAUGAAGGUUAAAAUAUCACCACAGCUUCUCUUGGCCAUGCACCGUUUCCUAGCAACAGAAGUAGAAGCAUUUAGCCCAUCCCAGAUGUCAGAGAAGAUCCUUCUAAGGCUGCUAAAGCACCCCAAUGUCAUCCAGGAACUGAAGUAUGAUGAGAAGAACAAGAAAGCCCCAGAAUACUACCUCUACCAGCGAAACAAACCUGUAGACUACUUCGUUCUCAUUUUGCAGGGGAAGGUGGAAGUAGAAGCUGGGAAAGAAGGUAUGAAAUUCGAAGCCAGUGCUUUCUCCUACUAUGGUGUGAUGGCCCUCACAGCCUCUCCAGUUCCUUUGUCCCUGUCUCGUACCUUUGUUGUCAGCAGAACAGAGUUGUUAGCAGCAGGUUCUCCAGGUGAAAACAAGUCGCCGCCUCGCCCAUGUGGCUUGAAUCACUCAGACUCUCUCAGCCGAAGUGACCGGAUUGACGCGAUAACGCCGACACUGGGGAGCAGCAAUAAUCAGCUCAAUUCUUCGUUCCUUCAAGUCUACAUCCCCGACUACUCCGUGCGAGCCCUUUCUGACCUUCAGUUUGUCAAGAUCUCAAGACAGCAAUACCAAAAUGCCUUGAUGGCAUCCCGGAUGGACAAAACUCCUCAGUCUUCAGACAGUGAAAACACUAAAAUUGAAUUGACUCUUACGGAGCUGCACGACGGGUUGCCAGACGAGACAGCCAACCUGCUCAAUGAACAGAACUGUGUGACACACAACAAGGCCAAUCACAGCCUGCACAGCGAAGGUGCCAUCUAGGGCGCCCCCCCCCCACCAACCCUCGCCCCCACUCCCAAGGCCUCAGGCCAGCUGACCGUGAAUCCCAUUAGCGUGAGCUUGUGUGCCGUGCUGCGUCCUGCAACAUCCUGAGACCAAAGACUUUGUUCCCUUCCUGGAAGCAGCAGAGGAGGACGGUGAGGGUGGACUGGAGACCAGAGGUGUGAGAUCGACAGCUAGGGCAUGGCAUCUGAGAUGGUGGAGACGAGCCUCUUCCACCCAAAUAAUAGAAUCAUGUUUAUUUUUUCAGUUGUACCUUUUAUUCCUUAUUCACUCUCCUCCUUCCUCAAUUUGCAUGAAGUUGAAAAUUGUUGCGGUUUAUUAUUUUUUUGUCCCCCAAGAGAUCAUGUUUUUAAAAAGUGUCUUUUGCAGAGUUUUACGUUGUUGUGUCUGAACUCUGCUGUGACUCCAUGAUGUGACCCGCACAGAAUGGACUUGCUCCUCGGCCCUCGUAGGGAGGGGUGCGCUUCCUCUGCACCCAGCGGGUGUCGCUGUGGAACUUGAAGGAUGAAUGAAGAAAGCGGUCGAUGCCAACCCGCCACGUCUGUCCCACUGUGGGGUGGAGCCUGCACGGGGGGGCCUGCAGCCACCUCUGUGAGCUCAGUGUUGUUUUAAGUUAAUGUUUAACCGUGUCCCUUCCCCUCAGAAAGGUUUAACAUUUGCUUGGAAUGUGAUUUUGCUCCUACUCUAAGGAAUUUUUAUCACCAAAAUGAAUGUUAAUGAAUUUUAAA